AUGAAGCUUAAAGCAGAAGUGUACACCUUUGUCUUGCUGCCUGUCUACCUGUUAAUGUUUGUGUACAGCACUCUUACAUUUCUACCAUGGUAUUUUCUCACCAACGCAAAGAAGAGAAAGGCUAUGGCGAAAAGGAUAAAAGCUAAACCUGUCUCGGAUGUACCCGGAAGCCCUUAUCGGGCUGUCAGCCACUUUGAUUCACUGGCCACCAUAGACAUUCCAGGAGCAGACACUCUAGACAAACUUUUUCAACAUGCUGCGGCCAAGUUUGGCACGAAAGACUGUCUGGGCACACGAGAGCUGCUGAGUGAGGAAAACGAGAAGCAACCAAAUGGCAAAGUCUUCAAGAAGCUUAUUUUAGGGGAAUAUAAAUGGUUAAAUUAUGAAGAAGUGAAUACCCGAGUCAGCCAUUUUGGAAGUGGAUUGGCUGCGCUGGGCCUGAAGCCACGAAGCACGGUUGCCAUUUUCUGUGAAACUAGAGCCGAAUGGAUGAUAACUGCUCAAGCAUGCUUUAGAUAUAAUUUCCCAUUGGUUACAUUGUAUGCUACACUUGGCGAAGAUGCAGUGACCUAUGGCCUCAAUGAAUCAGGAGCCACACAUCUCAUUACUAGUGCUGAGCUACUGGAGACAAAGCUAAAGUGUGUGCUGUCAGAAGUCAACCAUAUUAAACACAUAAUCUAUGUGGGCAAGAGAAAUUUAGAACUAUCUGAGUAUCCAGCAGGCCUGCAGAUCCAUAAUAUGGAGGCGGUAGAAGAGAGCUGGGUGCCAAACCUGAGAACUUGGACAAGCCUCCAUGCAGACCUCUUCCUACAGACCUUGCUGUUGUCAUGUAUACAAGUGGCUCCACUGGCAAACCCAAAGGAGUAAUGAUGAUUCAUAACAACCUAAUAGCUGGCAUGGCUGGACAGUGUGAACGGAUACCUGGCCUUGGGCCAAAAGACACCUACAUUGGAUACUUGCCGUUGGCACAUGUUCUAGAGAUGACUGCGGAGAUAUCCUGUGUAACCUAUGGAUGCAGGAUUGGCUAUUCCUCUCCACUAACGCUGUCAGACCAGUCAAGUAAAAUAAAAAAAGGAAGCAAAGGAGAUUGUACAGUAUUGAAGCCCACACUAAUGGCUGCUGUGCCUGAAAUUAUGGAUCGUAUUUACAAGAAUGUCAUGAGCAAAGUGCAAGAAAUGAAUGUUUUCCAGAGAACACUGUUUAAGCUGGGUUAUGAUUACAAGUUGGAGCAGAUAAAGAAGGGAUACGAUGCUCCGUUAUGUAAUGUGAUAUUGUUCAAAAAAGUAAAGGCAUUAUUAGGAGGGAAUGUCCGCAUGAUGCUUUGUGGUGGUGCUCCUUUGUCUCCACAGACUCAGAGGUUUAUGAAUAUCUGUUUCUGUUGUCCUGUUGGUCAAGGUUAUGGAUUGACAGAAACCUGUGGAGCUGGUACCAUCACUGAAGUAUCAGACUAUAGCACUGGAAGGGUGGGUGCUCCACUUACUUGCUGUGAAAUAAAACUACGAGAUUGGGUAGAAGGAGGCUACACAAAUCAGGAUAAGCCACAUCCACGAGGAGAAAUUGUAAUUGGAGGGCAAAACGUUUCCAUGGGUUACUUUAAAAAUGAAGAACGGAACCUAGAGGACUUCUAUGUGGAUGAGAAUGAGCAGAGGUGGUUCUGUACUGGAGAUAUCGGAGAAUUCCACUCCGAUGGCUGCCUGCAGAUAAUUGACCGGAAAAAGGAUUUGGUAAAGCUACAAGCAGGAGAAUAUGUGUCUCUGGGCAAAGUGGAAGCUGCUUUGAAGAACUGUCCUCUGAUUGACAACAUCUGUGCCUAUGCCAACAGUCACCAGUCUUAUGUGAUCAGCUUUGUCGUUCCUAAUCAGAAGAAGCUGACUAGUUUUAGCACAACAGAAAGGGAUCGAAGGCACUUGGGAGGAAAUCUGUAACAAUUCCACAAUGGAGGCAGAAGUAUUAAAGGAGAUUAGGGAGGUAGCAUGUUCAAUGAAAUUGGAACGCUUUGAAAUCCCAAUCAAGGUACGACUAAGCCCGGACCCUUGGACCCCUGAAACUGGGCUAGUUACAGAUGCUUUUAAACUGAAGAGGAAAGAACUAAAAAAUCACUAUUUAACUGAUAUUGAACGGAUGUAUGGAGGGAAAUAA